AGGCUACAGAUGAAAAGUUAUGAUGAACUUCACAGUAUGGUGAAAGUGCACGUUGAUGAGCUUGAAGCUCCUUUCCAAUAAAUAUCGAGGGUCAUAUAAUAAUUUCCCCCCAUCCAUUUACUCUUGCUGAAUGAACGAACGAGGUGUUUCAGAUCGUUCUACGUCUGUACAAGCUGUGUCUCAACGUUACAAUUUUGAACACGACCUUGCUUGGACGCGUCAGCUCUUUGGUCAAAUUGCAAAAAGUUCAUUGAACUUUCAACCACAAGUAGAUAACAACAACCUAGCUGAGCCAUCAUGCUAACAAAGUGAAAUGGAGGAGGAAAGAACAAAACAACACUGUUUUAAUCCAGUGUUGACUCCAGAUCCAGGGGGGGAGAAACCCGGUCGAGAUAGGCCGGAUGAACCUAUCGCUGUGGCAGUGAUUGGCAGGCAGCUGACUGAACCAGGGCGCUUUGCCUACGCUGGGCUCUGUGGGGUCUCCUUGGGCCAGCUAUUUCCUGGACCUGAGAACAGGUGUUUCCGGGAGCAGUACCUGGAGGGGCUGGUGCAAUGGCUGGGUCUGGACGAGUCGGUGAUGCCCGUCAUGGGGGCCUUUCUGGCAGGCCUGGGAUUCGAGGGCAGCGACACCUUCCUCUCUAUCCUUCAGGCUGAGCCACUACUGUCUGCAGGGGCCACUCCCAUCACACAGGACCUUGUGUCUUUUUCCGUCAAAGAUGGCCUGUACGACUCCAGAUCACGAGUCCUAAUUCGCCAUGUCAGCUGUCUACUGCGAGUGUCCCCUCAGCAACUGGAGGAGUUUGAGGCGACGCUGGGCGAACGACUGAGGGAGGGAGUGGUGGAGAGCGCAGAGGAGUCAUCUCGGCGACAGACAAAAGAGAGAGGACGCAAGUUACGACGUUACCUCCUCAUUGGCCUGGCCACUGUGGGUGGAGGAGCUGUGAUUGGUGUGACGGGCGGGUUGGCGGCGCCACUGGUAGCGGCGGGGGCAUCGGCCGUACUUGGGGCUGGAGGGGCGGCUGUUCUGGGCUCAGCCACUGGCAUCGCCAUCAUGGCCUCCCUGUUUGGAGCAGCAGGGGCUGGCUUAACUGGCUAUAAGAUGAAUAAGCGGGUGGGAGCAAUAGAGGAGUUUGAGUUUCUGCCACUGAGCUCAGGGAAGCACCUACACCUGACUGUGGCUGUGACUGGCUGGCUGUGCACUGGAAAAUACAGUUCGUUCCAGGCUCCUUGGUGCAGUCUGGGUGCGUGCGGGGAGCAGUACUGUCUGGUGUGGGAGUCUCGUUUCCUUAGGGACCUGGGUUCCACCAUGGCUGCUCUUCUUGACGGCCUGGUCAGCAUGGUGGCCCAGGAGGCCCUCAAGUAUACCGUGCUGUCAGGUAUUGUGACUGCGCUUAUGUGGCCUGCCUCUCUGCUUGCGGUGGCCAGUGUUAUAGACAAUCCCUGGUCUGUGUGUCUUAGUCGCUCAGCUGAGGUGGGAAAACACCUAGCCCAGGUGCUGAGGAGUAGGCAGCAGGGAAAGCGUCCUGUCAGUCUCAUUGGCUUCAGUCUUGGUGCGAGGGUUAUCUACUUCUGCCUUCAGGAACUUGCCAAAGAUCAAGGUUGUGAGGGCGUGGUGGAGGAUGUUGUCCUAUUGGGUGCCCCAGUAGAUGGCACCGCCCAAGCCUGGGAGAGAAUGGUCAAGGUGGUCGCUGGGAAGAUAGUGAAUGGAUACUGCAGAGGGGACUGGCUACUGGGAUACGUGUACAGGGGUUCGUCGGCACAGCUGUCUGUUGCAGGGCUUCAGCCAAUCAGCUUGAAUGAUCGCCGCAUAUUCAACGUGGAUCUAUCUUCUGUGGUGAAAGGUCACUUGGACUACAUGCGUCAGAUGGAUACCAUCCUCGUAGCAGUGGGCGUGCCUACCAGAGAAGUUCCAGGAGCUGGGGGCGGACCUCUUCAACCACUUACUAUGACCGAGAGAAUACUGGACAUAGCCAUGGUCCAAUCAGUACAAGGGGACGUGGCUGAAGAGCAAAAACUGGUUGGUGCUUCGGCUGGAGCAGAUGAGACUUGCAUGGGUGAGGGAGGGCAGCUGGAGGAAAAAGAGGAUAUGGGAGACGGUUGGGAUAUCCCCGACAUAUCAGAUCUAUUGGACUCGCUAAACGAGAUCGAUGUUGUUUCAACUGAAAACAUUCUUGAGGGUAACCUGCAACAGAGUUCUGAGAGGAAUGCCACCCAUGAGGACAACGGUGCACCUUCCCAUCUAGAGUUUGAUGGAUGGGGAAAAGACCUGGAGGAGGAAUGGGGGGAGGGAGUGGAGGGGACAGAGUCUGACACUGAACACACGUCCUGGAGUUGGGAGGACACACGCUGGACUUCCGAGCACAAGCACAUGGGACCAAACAGGCGGACAUAGGAGGUUACAGGACCAACUGCCUCACUGCAGUUUGUCUGCCUCUUCUCAACUUGAAUUACCAACAACAUCCCAAUCGUGUGUAGAAAGACCUCCUUUACCUUCACAGCACACUCAGGUGCCAGAACACUCAGCUAAGGCGUCAGUACCACAAAUCUAAAAGAAAAAGUCUUUAAUUGAACUAGUCAUGAACAUGUGAACUCCUUAAGGGCUUUUUUAAUUUUUUUAUUUAACUAUGGCAGUCUAAGUUUUGUCAAUCAUUUCAUUUACCAGUUAAUCUGAAGAAAAAAUAGUGUUGCAUAAUGUAUAGUGUGUUAAAGUAUUGUCGGUUUUAUGUAGGCAGGAUGUAAAUUUAAAAACAUUUCAUUACAAAACAUUUAAUUAUAGACAUCCCCCACUUUUAUGGAUAUUAAGACAAUGCAGCAUGAAUGAAUUCUAACUAUAUUCCUGAAUUCCUCCGGUCGAUUAUUCCAUCUGUUGGGGAUUAUAGUUAUCACAGUGACGUCACCCAGUGAUUCUCAGUGCCUAGCUCUUCCUCAUCCACUCCUGCCCUGUAUGCUAAAUUACACCUUCUAGAUAAUAUUUCCAUCUUGCUACCAACCCCAACAAGACACACCUUCCUCCAACCAACCUUUCCCCUCAGCCAAGUUUCCCAUCCUCCACUCUUGGUCAUACUUUAGUAUGUAACACAGCAUCUGUUCAUGCUCUCUUCUUCAUCAUCCCCUUCAGUCCAGCGUGUCCACCUGAUUGGGCAGCAGCAAGGGCAGCUCAAUCCCAGCAUGCUCUGCGUCAUACAAGUUGACGGUGUCUGUGGCGGUGGGCUGUCGGGGAUCAGAAGCCAGGGAGGGGGGCUCUGCUGUGGGCAGGUUGGGCUCACCAGAGUUGCAGAGGGAGAGCUCCGGCGAGGGUCUGCGGGGCGAGCGGGUAGAGCAGCAGGGCAGCAGUCGCCCCAGGGCCCGUUUGAAGUCACGCAUGAACAGCGGGUAGAUAAUGGGGUUCAUGGUGCUGUUACAGUAGCCCAGCCAAGUGAUGGCAUCGAAGAGGGCCGGGGGAACACACUCGCAUACCGCCUGACAGGUGAGAGAGAGGGCAACAGACAGGCAUUGGGGUUGUGUUCAGUAUGUACACAACAUUUAAGAUUUUGUGAAACAAAUAUUCUUAUCAAAAAUAUGUAGCUUGUCGGAAAUAUAGUGCCUAUCAUAAGUAUGCA